CUGUGGAAACAUGAAGAGGUAAGGGCAUGUCUGAGAGCAGAAGGCGAACAGAGCUCUGUUCUACCUUUUAACUCUUCAGAUGGCUUUUGUUACUUUUGGUUUGGGGUAUGUCACGUUCUGGGGAUGCGGUUACGUGUGAGCGGGAAGACAAAGGAGGAGGGAAAAGGGGAGACGGGCUGGACAGGCCUAUGGGGCGAAGUUCAGGAAGGGCCGCCGCCGCCGCCGCUGCAGGUCCCCGUAGGGAUGUCCUCCCGGCACAUGCACCUAGGCGAUGGCGCCGGCCCCGGGACAGAUGCUGUGGCUACUUCCUGUUUCAGAUGGACCCACGCAGGGUAAAUAGCUGUGUGAAGAGUGAUGAGCAUGUCCUGGAGGAGCUGGAAACAGAAGGGGAGAGGCAGCUGAAAAGCCUCCUUCAGCAUCAACUUGAUACCUCUGUCUCCAUUGAAGAAUGUGUAUCUAAGAAAGAUAGCUUUGCUCCUGGUACUAUGUACAAGCCCUUUGGGAAGGAAGCAGCUGGGACUAUGACUUUGUCCCAGUUCCAGACACUGCAUGAGAAGGACCAAGAGACUGCUUCUCUCAGGGAACUAGGGCUUAAUGAAGCAGAAAUCUUGAUUUGGAAGAGCCAUGUUUCAGGUGAAAAGAGGACAAGACUUAGGGCAACCCCUGAAGCAAUACAGAACCGUCUUCAAGAUAUUGAGGAAAGGAUCUCAGAGCGUCAGCGCAUCCUUUGCCUGCCACAGAGGUUUGCAAAGAGCAAACAGCUGACCCGGCGAGAAAUGGAAAUAGAAAAUUCUUUAUUUCAGGGAGCUGAUCGUCACUCCUUCCUCAAGGCUCUUUAUUACCAAGCAUACCACAAAAAGACAAGUGCAGACAAGUACAUGACCUCAAUGAAGAGGAAGAUAAAAUUAGGCACAAAAGAUGAACCCCAAAAGAAGAACAAAGGUGAUCCCAUGAACAACCUGGAAAAUUUUUACCAAGAGAUGAUAAUGAAAAAACGUCUUGAAGAGUUCCAACUAAUGAGAGGUGAACCCUUUGCUUCCCACUCACUGGUCUCAGCUACAUCAGUGGGAGAUAGUGGCACAGCUGAGAACCCGUCAUUACUCCAGGACAAGGGAAAACAGGCAGCACAGGGUAAAGGUCCCAGUCUCCAUGUGGCAAAAGUUAUUGAUAAUUCACCUGAGCAGUGUUGGACUGGGCCUAAGAAGCUGACGCAGCCAAUAGAAUUUGUCCCAGAAGAUGAGAUCCAGAGAAAUCGUUUGUCAGAGGAAGAGAUCCGAAAAAUUCCCAUGUUUUCUUCAUAUAAUCCAGGGGAGCCAAACAAGGUGUUAUACCUGAAGAACCUUAGCCCUCGGGUGACCGAAAGAGAUCUUGUCUCAUUAUUUGCUCGGUUCCAGGAGAAGAAAGGACCUCCAAUUCAAUUCCGAAUGAUGACUGGACGAAUGAGGGGGCAGGCUUUUAUCACUUUUCCCAAUACAGAAAUAGCAUGGCAAGCAUUGCGUCUAGUAAAUGGAUAUAAACUACAUGGGAAAAUAUUGGUGAUAGAAUUUGGAAAGAACAAGAAGCAUCAGUCAGAUCUCCAGGCUGCUUCUCUAGUAUCAUCUACUACAGAUAAUACUACAGAAAUUAGUGGCAGCUAGAAGAUAUAAAGAUUGUGAGUCCCAGGAGGUUUUUCUUACAUCAGAAUCUAGGAUCUAGGAUUUGUAUAUAGAUAGCAAUUUAUUUGGAACUGAAGAAGAGUAACUGAGGGAGAAAACACUGAUUUAAGAUAAUCCUUUUCAGCUUUUGGAAAGAAUUGGUAGAAAACAAUUUCUAUAAUUGAAGACUAUCUAGGAUAGACAAUAUAAUGAUUAUGGAUGGUAGGGUAUGAAGAGUAUCAUUUUCUCAGGAUUAAUUACAGUGGAUUAUUUCCAAGGAUUUUUUUAAUCAUUUUAAUUUAUAUGAGGUCUUAAAUAUUUGUCCCUAGAGAUAACAUUCUUUCCAAGACUGCCUCCUAUAUAUACAAAACUAAAAAACUAAUUACAUGAUGAAAUAUUUAUUUCUAGAGCCCAUUUGUCCCUAAUUUCUCCUAGUAAAUAAAUGACCAAGAUCCCAGGCCUAAACAUCAGCAAAUGCUGUUGAAUGAGACCUAUUAGCAGUAACAGUAGGUCGUUUUCAUAAGUUAGUUGACAUAUUUAUUGAACACUUCCCUAUUAAGUUAUCAGUGUCUUCAAAAGACUAUAUAUUUUUUUCUAAUGAAAGAAUUUAGAUCAGAACAUUAAUGUUCCCAUAGUCAUUUAAGCUAGCUACCAUUGAGUAAUGAUUGAAUUCAAAGCAAUAAACAUUGAAUCUUUGUCUAGUACAUGUUAGGGAUUAGAUAUAUGAAUUUUAGAAGAGGAACAUACUAGCAAAGAAUACUAAAGGUAGGUAGAAAGAAAGAGCUCUCUAGAAGAGAGGCAGCCAGCCCCAAAUCCCCCAGUUGUUUGUUUAUAGUUUCUGGAGAAUAGAAAGAUGAUGUGAUACAGAGAAAGUAGUACAAACUUUGGAGUCAGACCUGUUUGAACUUCACAGCCAUACUUACCACUCUGUGACCUUGGCAAAUCACUUAAUCUGAGCCUCAGUUUUCUCAUCUAUAAAAAUGAAGAUAAUGAUACUACUUACCUCAUUGGGUUGUGAUGUUUAAUGUGAUAAUUGUAUCCAAGUUGAAGAUCAGAAAGAAAAAAGAAUGAAAAUGUAACAUGGUAUAGAACCAUUAAGUACUCCAAUGUCCUUGCAAUGGGAAUAUCAGAGAAGGAACGGAGCAGAAAAAAUAUUCCAAUAAAUAAUGGCUGUAAACACGCAAAUUUGAUGAGAAACAUUACCUAUACACCUGAGAAAUCUCAACCCCAAGUAGGAUAAACAAGAAGACACACCAUAAUAAGAAUGCUAAAACCCAAAGACAAAGAGAAACUUUUGAAAGCAACAUGAAGCAAAUGAAACAUCACGUACAAGAGAACCUCAGUAAAAGUAACAGAUGACUUCUCCUGAGAAACAAUGGAGGUAGCAGUGGGAAAACAUUCAAAGUGCUGAAAGAAAAAAACUGUCAAUAUAGAAUCCUAUAUUCAAUAAAGCUGUUUUUCAGAAAUGAAGAUGAAAUAAAGACAUCCCCACAUAGUCAAAAACUGGGAGAAUAUGUUGCUGUCAGACCAGACUUACAGGAAAUAUUAAAAGAAGUUCUUCAGGUGGAAAGUAAGUAACCUCAGACAGUAAUUUGAAUCUACAAAAAAAUUAGCAUGGGUAAAGGUAAUUAUGUAAUUGGACAGUCAAAAUACAUUUUUCCUUUCUUAAUUGAUUUAGAAAGCUAUUUCAUAAAAUAAUGUGUGUAUACUUGCAUUGUUGGAUCUAUAACAUAUAAAACUGUAAUAUAUUUACCAAUAAUAAGACAAAGGACGUGGCUGGAAGCAAAGCUGUACUGGACUAAAGAAAUGACUCUAGAAUGGUAACUCAAAUCCAUAGGAACAAAUGAAGAAAAUAAAAAAUGGGAAAUAAGAAGGUUAAUAUAAAAAAGCUAUAAAUAUAUACUUGCUCCUUCUCAGCUUCUUUAAAAGACAUAAAAUCAUAUUAAGUAAUAAUUAUAAUGAUGUAUUGUUGGGUUUAUAACAUGUAGAAAUAAUAAUAGUAACAAUAAUACCACAAAAAGUGAGAAAAGGAAUGAGUUUACAUAGGAAUAAGAUUUUUAUAUCUCAUUGGAAUUUAGUAUAUAGUUGAAGGCAAUUAAGAUGUGUAUGGUAAACCCUAGAGCAACCACUAAGGAAAUAACUGAAAAUAUAUAGUGAAAAUAUUAAAGACAUUUAAAUGUUUUAUCAGAAAAUGUUCAAUGCAAAAGAAAGCAAAAAGAGAAAUGGAGAAACAAAACUUGAGACCUAUAGAAAGAAACAGUAAAAUGGCAGUCGUUAAGUCCACUUAUAUUAAUAAUAAUAAGUAUGAAUGGAUUAAACAAUCUGGUCAAAAGGCAGAGAUCAUCAAAAUGGAAAAAAAAAAUAAGACUUACCUCUGUGCUAUUUAUUGGAGUCACACUUUAGAUUCAAAGAUACAGAUUGAAGGUUAAAGGAUAGAAAGAAAUAUCAGGCAAGUGGCAACUCUAAGAAAGCUGGAGUGGCUAUGCUAUUAUCUAAAGUCUAUUUAAAAUGGACUUUAAAACAAAAAAUGUCAGUAUAGAUAAAGAGGGACAUCUUAUAUUGAUAAAAGUCAAUCCAUCAGAAAGAUAUACCAAUUAUAAACACAUAUGCACCUAACAACAGAGUACCAAAAUACAUGAAUCAAAAACUGAAAUGGAGAAAUAUAAUAGUAUACAAUAAGAAUUGGGGAAUUAAGUACCCCAUUUUUAAUAAGAACUAGACAGAAGAUGAACAAGGGAAUAGGGGAGUUGAACAAUGCUAUAAAUCAACUAGACCUUAAAGAGACUUACAGAACACUUCACCUAACAAGAGCAGCAUACACAUUUCUUCUCAAGUGCACAUGAAACAUCUCCAGGAUAACCAUAUCACAUAUCAUAAAACAAACCUAAAUAAAUUUAAGUGGAUUGAAACCAUGGAAAGUAUGUUCUCUGACCACAUGGAUUGAAGUUAGAAAUCAAUACCAGAAAGUUGGGAAACACAAAUAUGAAUUAGACACACUUUUUAAUGACCAGUGGGUCAAAGAAGGAAUUACAAGAUUAAUUUGAAAUGAAUGAAAAUGAACACACAACAUGCCAAAACUUACGGGAUACACCUAAAGCAAUGCUUAGAGAGAAAUGUAUAAGUACAAAUGCUUAUAAUUAAAAAGAAGAAAUCACAUAUCAAUAACCUCACUUUACAUUUAAAGACACUGGAAAAAGAGAAGGAAACUAGAAAAUACAGAAGGAAGGAAAUAUGAAAGAUUAGAUAAAUAAAUGACAUAGAGAAUAAAAAGUCAAUGAAACCAAAAGCUGGUUCUAUAUAAAGACCAACAAAAGUGGUAAACCUUUCACAAGGUUGACCAGGAUAAAAAGAAGACUCAAAUUACUAGAAUCAGAAAUGAAGGAGGAAACAUCACUACCAACCUUAUAGAAAUUUUUAAACAAAUAUGAAGGAACACCACAAACAAUUUUAUGACAAUAAAUUAGAUAACUUAUUUGAAAUAGACAAAUUCCUAGAAAUACACAAACUACUGAAACCAAUUGUUGGGUGGUUAAUUAGUAAUAUUUUAAAUACCCAUAAAGAAAAGCAUAGGCUCAAAUGGAUUCUUAGAUUAAUUAUUGCAAACAGUAAAGAAUAAUUAAUACAAAUUCUUCACAAACUCUUCCAAAAAGUAGAAGAGGAGGGAACAUUUCUGAUAUAUGCUACAACAUGGAAGAACCCUGAAAACAUGCUAAAUGAAAGAAGUUACUCCAAAAGACUAUAUAUGAUAUAAUUCCAAAUAUAUAGAGAUGGAAAGUAGAUUAGUGGUUGCUUUGGGCUGGGGGUAAUAGCUGAAGUGUAUGGGAUUUCUUUAGAACUUGAUGAAAAUAUUCUAAAAUUGAUUGUGGUAAUGAUUGUACAACUCUGUGAAUCUACUACAAACAGUGAAUUGUACACUUUAAAUGGGUGAAUUUUAUGGUAUCUGAAUUAUAUUUUAAUAAAGCCACACACACAAAUACUGGAUAUAACCUAAAUGUCUGUCAGUAUGAGAAUAGAUAAAUUAUGGCAUAUCCAUUUAGUGGAAUACUAUACAGGCAUUAAAAUAAUGGGGUAUAUGUAUUAAAGCAUUCUGACCUGUAUGAUGUCCAGGAUUUUAUAUAUAUAUAUAUAUAUAUAUAUAUAUAUAUAUGUGUGUGUAUAUA